AUGAAAUUCAAGAGGACAAUACAGAAGACAUUUGGAUCGCCGAAGGUGAAGAGCAUACAGAUGCACCCCACAAAACCUGUGGCGAUAAUGGGACUGUUUAAUGGGGAUGUGCAGAUCUGGGAUACGGAUAAAAUGGCCAUGGUGAAUAGUAUCCAUGUGUCUAACGAGCCUAUAAGAACCUGCGUAAUUCUGGGCAGGAUGGACUGGCUGCUUGUUGGGAGCGACGAUGGAAAUGUCAGCAUCUAUGAGCUGGGGAAGUACAGGAAGGUCAAGACAUUCCAUGCACACGACGACUUCAUCAGGAAAAUCGAGAGCCAUCCGCAAGACCCGUCGUUUCUGACUGCCUCUGAUGAUGCAACGCUGAAGAUGUGGAUAUACCAAGGGGAGGUUAGCCAGGCGAUGACAUACACAGGCCACGAGCACUUUGUAAUGGAUGUCUGCUUCUAUCCAAACGACGCCAGCAAGUUUGUCUCGUGCUCCCUGGACUCGACGGUCAAGGUCUGGAGUGUGGAGCAGCCCCAUUGUGUGAAGACAUUCAAGGGACACACCUCCGGAAUAAACAGCAUAUGCUUUCUUGGGCGAGACUGCCUGGUUUCCGGAGCCGACGACCUAACUCUGAAGGUCUGGGACUUUCAGACAGCCCAGUGCAUAACAACGCUCUCUGGACACACAAACAACAUCAACAAGGUGUACCCGCUCAACAGCUUUUCUCUUUUUGCUUCGUGUGGCGAGGACGGCAGUAUGCGUCUGUGGAACAAUAAGACGUUCAAGCAGGAGGACCUACUUAUACUGCAAGGAGGAAGGAUCUGGGAUGUGAAGGAGAAGGACGGGAAGAUCCUUGUUGGGAGUGACGAGGAGAUUGUUUUCAUCAAUGCAUGCCAGGGAUCACCUCUUGUUCGAAUGAGCAGAAACAGGAUAUUCUACUCUGUUUCUGGAUCUAUUUUUGGGGUUAAGGGGGACAGCGUGGGAGCGCCCAAGGAGCUGUGUAAUGUUGGGUUCCAUCCUGACGAGCUAGAGGUCUCUCCAAGUGGGAAGGCGGUAGCCGUUGGAAACGAAGGGGAAUUCAGGAUCUUUUCGUCCCUUGGGUUCAGAAGCAAGUUCAGUGGGGAGGGAAGAGACUUCCACUUCAUAGAUGACGACGAGUUUGUUGUGAGAAACGGAGAUGUUGUGAGCUUCCACAGGAAGGGCGAGGUGCUUAAAAGCAUCAGCAUAAAAGGAAUCAGCAGACUGUUUUUCCUAAGCCCUUCUCUGAUAGGAUGCAAUGUAUCCGGCCAGACCAGGAUCUACUCAUCGUCUGGCGAAUUUGUUUCGUCGAUCAACCAAGUUUCUGACCACCUGGCUAUAGUUGGAGACUUUUUAGUUGCAUGUGGGGCACUGAUAAGCAUAUACAGGAUCAACCAGGAUGUCAUUGAAGGGUUUGUUGAGCAGGGGAUUGAGGUUCCCGAGGAGGGGAUAAAGGACGCAUUGGUGCAUCUCGGAACUGAAUAUUAUGGAGUCUCGUCGUGGUGUACAAGUGACGACAUCUUCUAUUUUACAUCAAACAAUAAGGGAUACUACCUCAUUCCCGGGGACAGGCCCUAUGUGUAUCACUUCUCGUCGAUCAGUGGGAUGAUUGCCGGGGUGGAGAACGGCACUUUGUUCUAUCUUCACGAUAAGUCCGUUGAAUGCAAAAAGAUAGACACCGAGUUCCUUAGGUUCCAGAGGUCUGUAAUACUUGGAAGGGAAUACAGCGUUCCUGAUGGGAUACGCAGCAAGGCGAUUGCGUUUUUCGAGUCCUUGGAAAUGCACGAAAAGGCCCUGGAUCUUUGUGUGGAUGACAACCAGAGGUUUGAGAUUCUCCUCAAGCUGGACAGAUAUGAUGAAGCAUUUUCAAAAGCAAACAGCAUAGUCAAGUACGACAAGCUUGGAAGGUAUUUUCUCAAGGCAGGGGAGCUUCCAAAGGCUUCUGAGUGCUUCCUCAGGUCGAGAAACUGGGUGAGCUUGCUUCUUGCCGACACCCUGUCUGGAAAGAGAAACCUCGCUGUUGCAGGGUCAGAGUGCAGGAAGGAGGGGAGGCUUAAUCAUGCAUUCUUUGCGUACCUUAAGAGCGGAAGAUAUUCAGAAUGUGCGGAGCUACUCGAGAGCACACUCUUUUCGUCUCUGUUUGCUAAGAACUAUCUUGAUUAA